AUGUGCUCCGUGUGGUUAUGGAAUGCCCCUAAUAACAUAAAAAACAUUGAACUUGUUUUUCCAAUACCAGGUCACUCUUUUCUACCUGCUGACAGAGUGUUUGGUAAUGUUGAAAGGGAGUUAAAAAGGAAGGAAGUAAUUGUACAACCAGAGGAGUACCACAAUAUUUUUAACAAAUAUGGCCUAGUUGUGCAAAUGGAGAUGGUGUACGACUGGAAAAAUGCUCUGCACGAUGUCAUUAAGCCGCCUGGUCUAUGGCAUUUUCAAUUCGCUCAAAGUAAGCGGUUUUUUAUCAAUAAAAAUGGUAAUAAGGUGAAAGUAAAAGGUGAACCUCAUUAUACAUCGGACUUUACCCAAUACAAAUCUAUUUUAAAAAGAGGAAAAUCUUUUAAAGAUGUACUGCCACUGCCAGUUGCAAAAAACAAUGUCAUCAUCAAAAAAUACAAAAUCAGUGACGUGAGGAAGUUGUUGGAAAAACAUUAUGGAUCGCAGUGGGAAAGUCAUCCAGAACUGGAAUAUUACAAAAAAAUUAUUAAUGAGGCUAUUGAUGAUGAUAUUCAAGAAAAUGAGCCAUCUUGCGAUCCACCGACAGUUGACUCAUAUAAUAUAAUGAUUUAG